AUGAGUCAAUUUAUAAAACCAUCAGCUCCAAAAGCUUUGCGUGGUAAAGCACGCCCCAAUCUAAAUGCCACUAUUUCAGCACCAAAUUCGCCGAAAGCUCUCACCUCCAGGAGAACUAUGGCCCCCGGUUCACUGUCAACAUCCUGCGCGUCAACAUCAGCACCCUCGUCAUUAAACGUUACCAUGAGAAGCACUUCAAAGAGUUCCAAGAAGACUAAACCGGACCCGGUCCGCCUGGCCUACAUCGAGUAUCUGAUAGCGAGAGCUAUGAACAGUGCAGUAGAAAUAGAAAGUGAUAAACGUGCUGAAGAACUUACCAAAAAGCUUAUUUUACUUGAAAUCAAUGAUGACGAGACUUAUGCAACCUUGAACGAAUACGAGAUGAAAAUCAAGGAGGCCAAGGCUUUUGUAGAGGCUAAAAUGAAAUUUCUAAAACAAAUAGAAAAAAUAAAUGAUGAACUGGAAUUGAAGGAUGAAGUAAUGGAAACUUUGGAGCGGAUCCAGGGCAAACUUCAAUCAAUGGAUAAAUUAACAGUCAUAAAUAUUGAGACACACGAAGAGGAAUGGAUUGUUUUGAAAGAUUUGAUAGAAGAGUGUGACCAAGUAAUGGAUAGUAUCACAAAUGAUUAUAGAGAUUUUGAUUUAACUCUUGAACUUAAGAAAAAUCUUGAUGAGUUUAUUAAUUUACUCACAGCUGUCUUUAAACAACUGCAUAUGCAACAUUCGUGGAGAGUUAGAGCUGCUUGA